AGAAUAUUAUUCUAGAUACAAAAUAAUGAAAAAUUUAAUAUUUUUUUUUAGUUUUUUGAUUACAAAAAUCGAAUGCAAAUAUGCAGAAGGGAGAUUAGACACAAAUGAAAAUUGGGCAUUCCUAACAAGAUUUUGUUUUUUGAGUGAGGAGGGUCAAUUUGAGUAUCAUUUUGAGUUCAACGAAGACCAUGGAGAUCCGAAUUUAUUACUGUACUAUGACACUGACGACCAAUGGCCGGCUGUUUACAAAUCCAACAAGAAUUGUAUCGAAAAAGAGGAAGUUCUGAACAUUGGGCAGUUUCAAAUAGUUAACUUAACAGCUAGAAUUCCAAGUUAUAGGGAAUCUUCUGGAUGUAAUUUUCAAAAUUUUCAUCACCCUACGAAUAGGCCUAAGAAUAUUAAUGCACCAACUUUAAAACCAAAGACAACUGUUGCUACGACGAAAAAAAUUACCAUUACAACUGCCACCCCAAAAAUUACGACUUACAGCUCAACGUCAUUUAUUAUAAAAUCUACCACGGAAACUUUAGAUUCAACCACUGAAACUUCAACAACUCAGUUUGAGAAUUUUACCGAGAAAAAUUUUGAUUUGGAGUAUGAAGUUAUGUCUACCCACAAACCGACAACAGUAAUAACUAAUAAAAAGGAAUCUUUAGAACAUGACACAAUUAAAAAGCAUCCCAUAAAAAGGAGGUCAAUUUUGAAUAACAGUCCUCCAAUAAAAAAUUUGAGGAUUGGGAGGAUUGUGGUUUGUCAUAACGCUAGAAGAUUUAGAUCUAGUAGGGAAAGGUGGUGGUAUAUGGCCAUAUCAAACUGCAAUGCUACGAAGGGAAUACAUGUAAAAUACAAAAUUCUCAUGACAAAUGGACCCCCUGGGGACUACUGGCACGAGCAUUUCUCCGCCGAUGAAUUUUAUAUAUUGCCAGUUCUUAUGGCAUUUUCCAUAGCGUAUUCUUUUCUUCUGCUUGGGAUUAUAAUGUGUUCUUUGGAGCUAAAACAGCGGCAACUUUUACACAGCACUUACAAAAUAUAUUGUUUAUCGGUGAUGUUACAAUUUUUUGGGAUAUUAUUUCAAAGCAUUGUAUACUUGAAAUACGCAGUCAGUGGAUUUACAUCGACAAGAAUGAAGCGUUUUGGCUCAAUGCUGAUGGGAAGCUCUGAAACAACAUUUUUAUUACUGUUAUUAUUACUGGCAAAAGGUUAUACAAUAACCAGGGGUAGACUACCCAUAUCAGCCAGCAUAAAAUUGACGAUUUUCAUGUGCCUAUACACCGUAACGUAUAUUUCAAUAUACAUAUACGAAGCCAAUGUUUUUGAUCCAGGCGAAGUGUUGUAUCUCUAUGAAUCUCCGGCAGGAUACAGUUUGAUCGUAUUAAGAAUAUUUGGGUGGUUUAUGUUUAUAUAUUCAACUGUUUUUACUCUAAAACGUUACCCAGAAAAGGGUAAUUUUUACUACCCAUUUAAUAUUUUCGGGACGUUAUGGUUUGUGGCCGGUCCAGCCUUUAUAUUGUCAGCGAAUUCAUAUAUAGACAAGUGGGUGAGAGAGUCAAUUGUAUGCGCUGUGUUACUUUUUAUAACAUUUGGGGGGCAUCUGAUGUUUUUGCUUUUGACAAUGCCUUCAGUUGCUAACAAAAAUUUUCCAUAUCACGUCCGUACUACUCAAAUUGGCAUUAUGGAGAUGACUGGGUGUACCACAGGGCUCGGUAGAGGUACCAUGGAAAAUUUUGGACACCAUGUGUAUGAGCCAACCUUUUCUGCAACUAGAGAGCAAACCGUCAUUGUUCCUCUAACCAGAAGAACUGAAGAAAUAUACGAAGGAAUGUACAGUCAGUCAAGUUUUCGGAAAAGAACAAAUCUACCCAGUGAUUUAAAUGUAUUGCCAACCGAGGGUUUGGAAUUCCCUAUUUGGUCCAAAGCUACAAAUUUACCGGCGUUAAAAAAUAACGUGGAAGUUAACUCUGAUAACAAACCAACUACAGAAGCUACUGAUGAUGAUGAUGGUAGUGAAAAUAAUCAAUACACCGAUGAUUACAUCAAGGAUGUACCCAUAGAACUUUUUACUGUAAGCAAGAUGGUACUUACAACUCAUAGAAGAAGUGUUGUGGAAGAUCAUCAUUAA